GGGGUGAAAAGGGAUGAAGACGAUCAGAAACAUAAAUACGUUAUGUUCCCAUUCAGCCGCCCCGAACUGCUGAAGGAAUGGGUGCUGAACAUUGGCCGAGGCAACUUCAAACCCAAGCAGCACACGGUCAUCUGCUCGGAGCAUUUCCGGCCGGACUGCUUCAGCGCCUUCGGCAACCGCAAGAACCUAAAGCAGAACGCCGUGCCCACGGUCUUUGCAUUCCGGGAGACGGCACAGUUGGCUAGGGAGAACACGGAGCCUGCUGGCGAGGGAAGCGAUGCUCAAGCGCAGCCCGGGAAGGACCUCUCUGAUGCAAGAGCUGGGGAACACCCCCCGGGGAGAAAGAUGGAAGUCCCACUUGACCAGCACCAGCUGUCCCCCGAUGUCGAGGCUUCUGAAAAAGAGGUCUCCUCCUCCUGCCUCCUGCCCGCCAGCGCCCCUGGGCAGAGAGGCCCGCUCCCCCGCCCAGCUUCAGAUCACAGCUAUGCCCUCCUGGACUUGGAUGCUUUAAAAAAAAAGCUCCAGCUCACACUGAAGGAGAAUGAGCGGCUCCGGCGCAGGCUGCAGCUGCAGAGAGCGGCCAUGAGGAGGAUGUCCAGCCGGCUGCAGGCCCUCCAAAAGGAAAAGAGGCGACAGAAAGCCCCACAGAGGGCAGAGGAGCGGCCAGGCACCUGAGCCGCCGGGCCCCUCGGCCACCAGCCCUUUGGGGAGAGCCUGGUGGAAGAAGGGCUGGACAGGCCUGGAUCGCUGCCUCGGGCAGGGACGGAGUCUGGAUUCAUUAGUGUCUGCUUUCUUGCUGCUGCCUUCUCAGGGGACGGACCCUUGGGGUCAAGUUGCUCUCAGGAGCUGACAGUGUGAGCCAGGCUGCAAGGAUGCUCGAAUGCGGGGAGGAGAGACCCACGGAGGAUAUCUCUGCAGAGAGUAGCCUUGUUGGAACCAGUGCCCAGAGUCCCCAGCCCCAGGCCCGAGCUAGCCUGCAGAGGGCCGGCCAGCGUAAAGCCUCAUGGUUGGAUGAGGGCUUCCAGACCGAGAGCAUACUGGCCCUUGCACAAGGACUUUGCUAAAGAGGAAGCACUAGUUUGAUUUUCCUCCUCGCUCAACGCACACCAUUGUAGACGUGGAAAAGCCUUAGAAAAAGUUUCAUUUUAUACCUUGUAAAAAGCUGGACAGGGCAGAUACUUUUGACACAAAUAUUUUGUUUAUUGAUUAAUUAGAAGGCCCCGGCCCGGCUGAUGGACUUUCCUGCCCCCGGGACUUGGGGUUCCCCCCAACAGUGAAAUGCCCUGUCCUCCUGUCCAUGUGCUCCCGUGUGAGGCAGGGGAAGGCAGCCCUGCUGCUCAUGAAGCACGUGUGGGACGAUGGGAUUCACUUCGGGGGUGGGGGGGAGAGUGUGAAAUCAGUUUGGAAGGAGCCGUAGCCUUCAGUGAAGCACUGCCCCUUCCUGUGGUAGUGCUUUUGAAAAAUGAGUCCCAGCGCCAGCUUUCAGAAAGGGUUUAUUAUUGACAAUACAGUGCCUUCUGUACAACCAGCUUCAAACAAAAUGAAGAAAAUCAGUACCUGAAAGAACCGUCUGCAACAAAGGGGACAACGGACCACAUUAGGUCAGAGUCAUUCGGCAAAGUUUAUUGCACAGUUUGAAUUCUUAGCUUCAGGUUUGGAAAACAUUGUAAAAAUGGGCAUGAAUAUCACAGAAUUAAGACAACCAGAACUAUUUUUAAAAAAUUUAACUGGGGAGGGAGGAAGAGAGACUGAAGGCCUGCAUUGGCUACUGCAAAUCAAACUCCUGCUCACGUGAUUGACUGCACACUUAGGAAAAGGCUGCACGACCCUCAGAGGAGUACAGGAACAAGGCCCGUCUGCUUGCUGGACUGAGUGCUACCACUAACCUGGAAGACUGUUCAAGUAUAUCCCGGCUCCUAAGAUCUGCCUCCCAGAAAAGGCGGGUCAAAAAAGAGCCCCCCACCCCAAAGCCAAGGAGUUGCCCUGUUCUCCCUUCCAUGCCAAGGUGCCUGGGCACCCCGUCAAAGGGAAAUGCCCCAGGGCCAAGUGCUGGAGGAAGCCCUGGAGGGCAACACCCCCUAGAAAUCCCUCCCCCCCCAAGCUAACUUUUCCCCUUGCCUCCCUCUGGCCUUCCUCUUGCCCAGUAAGUGGGUGGCCAUCCCAGACUCCCAGCCAGGUUGGGUGGAAACACAGGAAAGAGCCCCAGUCUUUUCCGUGCAUCCUUGGGGAGACGGGGAAUGCUAGUUGCACUAGGAGAAAGCAGAGUCCUGGGUGUAAGGAUCAGUUUUUUAGUGGUAAUGGCAGAGAUGUCUUCCGGAUACAUUGGUGGUUCUCAGGUAAAUUCAGAACUGUCUCCAAAUCCCCUUUUCAGUAAUCACAGAUGGACACUCACUUGAUCAUCAGGACCACACCGUGGCCUGUUUUUUUCCAUUUGGUUUGCAGGAAGCCCCCAGAAGUAAGGGGGAGGUCACAAUGUUCCAUAUAUACCUCAUGAAAAAACCCUGAAAUUUGGGGUGGGUGGGCCACUGUGGGCUCAGAGGCCGGAGGACUUGCUGGAGGACACAGGGCUCUGCGCCCCCAGGUUCCUCGAGGAGACGGCUGUCAGCUUUGUGGUUCUAGCCAAGGGCAGUAUUGCCUUAGUACUAAAGUACCCAUGAAAGCUGGGGUGUUCAUGUGUCCCUUCACAUAAUUGGUAAAUGACCUUCUACAGGAAUAAUACAAAAUAAAAACAUCUGUAGGUUUCUGUUU